AUAGCUAGGAGCUAUUUCUGUGGCAAGGCAGAGCCAGCUAGAGCAGGAAUGGCUCAUUCCAUUGUCUGCUGAAUAUGCCGAUCGUAACUGCGAUAGCUCAGGGGAGUAUGAAAUGCCCUAAUGCCCUUGCUGUGUGUGUGUGGCCCUCUCCGGGUGGGAGUGGCACGGGCUGCCCUUGUCCUUUACCUCAGGGUUGCUGCAGUUAUUAGCAGCUAAUUGCCUUUCUUCUUAGGACCUCGGUGUAUGUUUUUUACUGUGGUUGCCCUCAGCAGGGGAAGAAAAAAAAUUGUAUGGUAGGGAUUUAGGAAUAUCCGUGGCAAAACUGUGAGUGAAUCCUCUGAGGAGGAGAGUGAGCCCAGGCAGUAUGCUGGCCUCUGUCCUGGAGUAUUCUGCCUCUGUCAGCCAAGCCUCCUCCCAUGCCAUGUGUGCACUGAAAAGGAAAUGACAAAGAAAGAAAAGGCCUGUGUGUCCAAAACCCACACCAGAAAAAUUUGCAACCCAGCAAUGGGCAAGUAAAUAGAUUCCUCAUGCCAGAAAUGGGAGAGAAAAGAGUAAAGCAGUGCCUGAGGCUGCAUGGAGGAACAUCAGAACAAUGCUGACGGCCACCAGCCACUAAAGUGAAUGGCACCAGCCUGAUGUAUCUCUCCAUCGUUCCUUGUAGGGUGUGCACACAGAGCUGUUCUCCACAGUGUGUUAAGGAGGAGGGUGUGAUCUCAACACUGACAGCAGCAGCACAAUUUCUGCUAGAGGGAGGCUUCUGGAGAGAGCCAGGCAGCGCAUGACACACGUGUUGUGCUUCUUCUGCUGCUGUUCCUUCCUCCUUUUUCUCCUGGCUGGCCCCUGCCAGCAGCCCAUCAGCCAAAGAUCUUCGUCCCUGCUAUGCACAAUGUCUGGUUCAGUGGAUGACGUGCCUUGCAUGAACUUUGAAGCCAACAUAUUUGCAAAGAGCCUGUGCCAGCACUGUUUCCGAGCCGCAGGGGCUCACCAGCAUGCUGUCCAGGAUCAUGGCACGGAGGUCACAGGGCGAGAUGCCUGCAGCGACGCAGCCCCAGGAGAGCCCUGGGACUCCCUCCAUAUUUUAGCCCCGCAGUGCGAGGUAUACGUGUGUGUGGGCCCGGCGGAGGGCACGGAGCGCUGGCACGAGAGCAGGCGAUAUCCCCCACUCAGCCCCGGAGCUGAGGGCGAGCACAGAGAAACUGGCACCGACCCCAGCGCCUGUGCUGAAGCCAACUCCACGCUUGCCAGGCCCACAGAAGCUACUAGUCCCCAUUGCAGAGAUCUGCCCUAUCUUGUCUCCCAGGAAGGGGAAAUGACCCGGCUGUGGGACAACACUUUGGGAUCAGGCAAACGGGACAUGAUGAGCUACUUGGGCCAUAAGGAGGAGGUGCGGUCACGAGCCCCACAGGCAGACAGCCCCAGGUGGGCUCAGCCUGUUCCCUCUGGAUCCUGGGUGAGAACUGAAGCCCAGGGCUUUAGGAAAGAAAUCUGUCCACUGAAAGCAGGUACUCUUGGUUUGCUCCUGUGUGAGAUCCUGGUUCUGGUUUGCUUUCCACCCAAGGGUCUCUGA